GCGAUUGGGUAAUACUCAAUUGAGUCCACGGUUUAAGAUAUAUAUAUUAUAUAUUAAGCCAAGAUUGAGUCCGCGUUGACCCCGUCGUUAUCAUAUUCGUUAAAUCAUGAAAUUGUUGUUAUCAAAUAUAAGCAAAUAAGUCCACUGUUCAUUUAGUUUUAUAUUAUUUCAUUUUUGUUACAAACAAAACUCAAAAAGUCAACAAUAUAUAUUAACAAUUAAAAGCAUUAUAGAAUAAUGCAUGAAACUUGAGACACAUAUUUUAUUUAGUAUAGACAUUUGACACACAAACAAAAAUUGAUUUUUAUUUUAAUAUCAGUAUAAUUAUUUUUGAAUUGCAUUAGCGACAAUUUUUAAAAUCAUGAGUUUCAAAAUGAAAAAACCUAGUGCAGUUUUUAAACACCUCAGUUCUAUUGUUGAGAAAAAAGAAGCCGAAGACAAUACUUCCACAAAAUUAUCGCUUUUUGAAUUAUCUUCACAAAAAGAUCAAAAGAAAACAGGAAAUAAUACUGCAUUUAAAGGUUAUGUUGAUGAUUCAAUUACACCUGAAUAUAUGACUUAUGAACAACUUCAAACUUCACUGAUUAAAAAGUCACCCCAAAAAACAGAAUCAAUUAGUAUAGAAGAAAAAAGCUUAAACCAGCCUACUAUUAGAAUGCCAGAAUAUCAAAAUCCAAAAAAAAAAGAAAGUAUAGAUGAGACCCUUAGAUGUACUACCAAAAUGAAUAAAAAUAGUUCAUCCAACAAAGUGACUUCUAUAUUAGAAAAAAAUGAAAUUCCAUAUAAUAAUUCUCAAAGCACUGAAAUGAAUCACUGUGAUCCAAAUUUAUCGAAGGACAUUUUGUUUAGUGAUGAAAAUAUUAAUGAGCUCAAUGAUACAUCUAUCAGCAGUGUUGGAAAACUAGAAGCGCAUAUAAAACGCUUAGAAAAAAUAGAGUAUGAAAUGUUGCAAAAAGUAUUUAACAUGUUUGUUAAUAUACCAGAAAAGUUGGCUAUUAAUAUACCAGGUCUUCGAGAUCCUUCAUCUUUGCCCCACCUUCAAAAAGUACGGCAAAAAAUUAAAAAUAAAUUGAAAAAUGCUAAAGCACAAUUGAAAAGUCAACAAAAAAUGACAAAAGUUGAAAGUUCUUCUGUAUUUGACAAUAUUUUUACUGCAUCUGAUAAUGAUGAAAAUCAUGUAAAUAAAAUCUCAGAAAACAUAGUAAAAGAUGAGAAAUUAUGUUUUUCAAAAAAUUUGAACAAAAAUUCUCAAAAUAAAGUCAAAAACAUACCAUGUACUUUGACAUCUUUAAAAAAUAAUGUAGAAGAAAGUGAUUACAAGCCUGAUGUAAGUUUAAAUUUGUACUGUCAGAAAUCUACUUCUAGUACUCAAACAAUGAAUAAAAUACCAAAUGUUUGUACAAAUCAACCGAUUCAAACAGAUCAUAUAAAUGCCAGUCAUAACAAAGAUCAAAAUUCAAGUACAAACUUGUCCAUGACUGAGUUCACUAAAAUUGACUAUAGUUUUUCUUGGGAACUUUUAGCAGUAUUUAAAAAAACUUUUGGACUUCGACAUUUUCGCCCAAACCAAUUUGAAGCAAUUAAUGCUGCUUUGCUUGGGCAUAAUUGUUUCAUUUUAAUGCCAACUGGUGGUGGAAAAUCAUUAUGCUAUCAAUUGCCUGCAGUUAUAUUAAAAGGUAUAACUGUUGUGAUAUCACCAUUAAAAUCAUUGAUUAUUGACCAGACUCAAAAAUUAAAAUCUCUAGAUAUACCAGCAGCUCACUUAUUAAGUAGUAUUACUCCUGACGAAGAAAAUACAAUUUAUUCUGAACUUUGGGGGGCUGAUCCAGGAUUGAAAUUGCUGUAUGUUACGCCAGAAAAAGUUGCAGCAAGUAAUAAAUUAAUACAAGUUUUAAACAAUUUGCAUUGUAGGAAUUUAUUAGCUCGGAUAGUUAUUGAUGAAGCUCACUGUGUGUCCCAAUGGGGUCAUGAUUUUCGACCAGACUACAAACGAUUAGGUGUAUUUAAACAAAAUUACCAAAAUGUUCCAAUAAUGGCACUAACGGCUACAGCAACUCAACGUGUUCGCAAAGAUGUUCUUCAUCAGCUUAAUAUUGAAGAAACAAAAUGGUUUGUAUCCAGUUUUAACCGACCUAAUUUAGUUUAUGAGGUGAUUCCUAAAAAAGGUAAAUCUUCAUUAUUGGAAAUUGCCAAAUUAAUAAAAUCAAAAUUUGCACGUCAGUCCGGUAUAAUUUAUUGUAUGACUAAAAAAGAAUGUGAUAAUACUGCUAUUUUUAUGUCCGGAGAAGGAAUCAAAGCUGUAAGCUAUCAUGCUGGAUUAACAGAUAAGAAAAGAAAUGAUGUUCAAAUGCAAUGGACUUCUAAUAAAUCAAAUGUAGUUUGUGCCACUAUUGCUUUUGGCAUGGGUAUUGACAAGCCUGAUGUGCGUUAUGUUAUACAUUAUUCAUUACCACAAUCUAUUGAGGGAUUUUAUCAAGAAUCUGGUAGAGCUGGACGAGAUGGUGAUGUUGCAUACUGUUUGAUAUACUACAACUAUUCAGAUAUGCAUCGUAUCAAAAAACUCAUUGAAAUUGGAGGUGGGGCUACUUAUGAAACAAAAAAGGUACGUUUUCAUAAUCUCUGUAGAAUUGUAUCCUACUGUGAAAACAAAAUGGAUUGCCGUCGUGCCAUGCAACUUAACUAUUUUGAUGAACAAUUUGAUAAAGCCCAAUGCAUUGCUAAUGAGAAGACUACUUGUGACAAUUGCCGAAUAAAGCAUUCUAUAAAAAUAAUUGAUGUUACGGAAGAAAGCAUUAACCUAAUAACUGCCGUUCAAGAAAUCUGCAGUUCAGGCAAUAAUUUUACAUUCACCCAUUUUGUAGAUAUUUUCAAAGGAAAAAAAACUCAAAAAGUAGUAUUACAUGGUCAUGAAAAAUCUAAUAUAUUUGGAAAAGCCUUACACUGGGAUAGAGAUGAUAUAGAACGAUUAAUACACAAAUUAAUACUUGAAGGUUAUUUGAGAGAAGAAAUGAUUGCAUUUAAAUCAGAUAUUAUGAAUGCGUACAUUCGAAUAGGCCCUGAAGCUGAAAAACUUCUAACUGGAUUCUUGAAGUUAUCACUUGCAUUAAGUCCAAAAACAAAUUUGAUCGACAAUAAUAUUGUUAGUAUUAAAGAUAGUACUGUAAAUCCAAUUCUUGAAGAAAUAAAGGAAAAAUGUUACACAAAUCUAAUGGAAGUAUGCCGUGGUUUAGCUGAAUCUUUGGAUAUCAGUACAAAUGCCGUUAUGACUAUUCAAGCAAUUCGUUCGAUGUCACAAUUGAUGCCCACUAAUGAAGAAGACAUGUUAAAAAUUGACGGCGUUACAAAAUCUAAUUUUGAAAAAUUUGGCCAACCCCUAUUAGAAAUCACACAACAAGCAGCUGCAGAAAAGUCAGCAAUUAUAACUACUGAAGUAAAUCAAGACAGCUAUAGCAAUAAUGGAUAUUGUCAAGGAAUUAACGUUGAUUCCCCAUAUUAUGAAGAUAUGGUCAACAGAAUGAUGGAAACUGAAAGUUUAAGUGGAACAAAACGAAAAUCAACUUAUUCAACUAAUAAAAGAACCAAACGUUUCAAAAGGAAUAAAGGAAAAAAAAAGAAUAGUUCCAAAGGAACGUCCACUUCAAAAAUGGCAAAAAUACGUAGUGCUGCAAUUAAAUUGAGUGCUAAAUUACGUCCUACUAAGAAACCAGGAUUUUUACCAGUACCAAAACAGGCUCCAACAAAAAAAUGAAUAUAUCUCAUUUUUAUGCAUAAUAUUAGCAGAAUUAAUUUUGUUUAAUAUCCUGUAAUUUAAACUUGGAAGAGAAAACAUAAUAUCAUAUCAUAUAUCUAUAAACUUAUAGACAGCGCAUCCACUCCGACCUGCCAUCAAUGCACGAGAAUCAUAUAAGAGAAAGAAAAAAGAAAGAGAGAAAGAACAUAAAAUAGUAAUCAUAGACCUAUGAAACUAACACUGUAUUUCCCCUACAUUCUCUUUUCUCUUUUACUCUAUAUCGUACUCCUGACCUUUCUCUCUAAGCGCUGUCCAUUAAUUUAUAGAUCUAUGUAUUAUAUAAGCAUUGAUUGUAAUUUAUAAUAAUAUAGUAUAAUAUGUAUAAUGAUAUAAGGUGUGAUAAUUUAUUAGCUAACACAGCCAUGAAUGAUAUUGAAUCUAUGUUAUUUUUAUAGUUACAAAUUACAUAAUAUACAAAUAUCAGUUUUAAAUAAAUUCAAAAGACAAUUUUAGUUAAAAUUUGCAUUUAGCAUAACCAAUCUAGUGUUAUUAGCUUUGAUAUUAGUGUUAGUGAAUUGAACGAUUAUCGAACCAACAUUAUGAAGGUCACCUUAUAGGCUUUUAUUGAUAUUUUAAUUUUAAAGCUUAUUUGAGCAUUUUAAAGUAGUAACUUAUUACAUAUUUGUUAUCUACUGUUUAAAAUAUGAAAAUAUCAUUAAAACCCUAUAACUUAUAAGGUGCCCACGAUAAUAUUCUUACCGUUAAGUGUGACUAUAGGUCAAUUCAUUCCAAUAUUGUGUACUUACUUAAUUUCUAUUAAUUACUACUUAUAAUUUAAA